AAGACAGAUAAAAUGACCGUUAGAGAGUGCUCUUACUAUAGCUUUAUAUAAACCUCAACAAAUCUUUCGAUAUUCUCCAUAAAAAAUUAAACCACACAUAAACAAAAAAAAUAGAAAAAAAAAUGUCUGAUGGUUCAUACAACCGGUGUCCACCCCAUCUCCAACCCUUCUCUGCCGCCCCUUUUGAUCCCUCAAACACCGUCCAGCCACCACCACCACCACCUCCUUCUGCCGCUGGGGACGUUCCUCAAACACCGGAUGAGCGUCAAGAAUUCAUGAGGCGGCGUCUACACGCCCAUAUGGUGCCGGUGGUUCUUAUCCCCACCUUUCGUCCUGAUUUUGUUCCAAACUACCCCAGAUUUGAUCCUUUAUCACACCGGCCUGAAGAUGAGGAUUACCAGGACAGUUUCUUUUUCGAUGAAAAUGACGAGAACCUACUUCGAUUUUUGGAGGAAGAAGAAGGUGGUGGUGGUGGUGAUGGUACCAUGACUUUCGACAACAACUUAUUCGAUUAUGGUGGGGGUAGUAGUAGUAGUAAUAAUAAUAAUAAUAAUAAUAACAGUGCUGAGCGGUCGGAGGCAAGGAUUGUCGCUCAGCUGUCGGGGGGAAGGAUUGUCGCUGAGCUGUUGAAGGAAAGUAUUGUCAAGAAUCUGAGAACGAGUGCUUCUUCCAUGGAAAUCAAUGCCGUAGAUUAUGAGCAAGAAGUGUGCGUUAUAUGCCUCGACGGUUUGUUUGGAGAAAUCGAGAAAGUUAACGUAACCCUCGGAUGUGGCCAUGUUUUUCAUGUCGAGUGCAUCACCAAUUGGCUUUUCAGGAAAAACGAGUGCCCCAUCUGCAAAUCCAAGGCCCUCGUUUUCGAUUCAAGAAAUUAA